UAGCAGUGAUAAAUCUAGUGACGUUGAGGGUAGCAAUGUAGAAAUAAGUGUUUUAGAAAAUGUAAAAGCGAAUAGUGUAAUUAUAAGACUGUUGCAAGCAGUUCCAGAAGUAACUAAUAAUUGGCUACUUGUGUAUAUUGGAAAUUUAGAAAGAACAAGAAGUGAUGGUGUGGAUAUGAAAGAUGAACCGUUUGGUUCAGAUAUUGGCUCUAAAAAUGAUUUUGAGGUUGAGGCUAUAAAAGACCAUAAUAGAAUGUCUUCUGAAAUCUUGAACAAUACAAUUAAACAAUUGAAAGAAGAAAUUAAAAGUAAUAAAUAUAGUGAGGUUGAAAAAGCUCAUCUCUACACAAUGCUGUCUUAUUUAUGUCUUGUAAAACAUAACCGACAAAGAGUUGAAGCAAGCAUUAUUGUAGCAGAAGCAGUUAGAAAAGGGAUGUAUAUGGAUGGACACGAGCAUGCAGAUGUAGUAGCUUAUUGUGAAAAAUUUUUAGAAAAAAUGAAGGAAUAUGAAAUGUAUAUGAUAAUUUUUUCUGGUAAAAAUAAAGAAGAGGAAAUUAGACCAGCUACUCACAAUAUUAUAAUUUUGAUUGCUUUUCCUAAUCUCACACCAGAAGCAUAUAUUAUAACUUAUCCAGGUAAAGAUGGUGAUAAGUGGUAA